AUGAAAAUCACUGUCUCUUGCUCCUCAGUACAAACUAUCGUCGAUAUUCUCGAUGAAGCCGAAGGGGAGGAGUCUAUUAUGACUCUAGGACAACUCCGUGAACGGAUUGCUUCGGAUAAUGAUGUGGACGUAGAAACGAUGAAAUUGUUGCAUAGAGGAAAAUUCCUUCAAGGCGAAGCGGACGUCUCGUUGUCUACCAUGAAUUUCAAGGAAAACGACAAAAUUAUCGUGAUGGGCGGGAAGAAUGCGAUGGCCGACGACGCUGGAUUCAAGAUGCUUAUGCAGUACGAGAAACAUAACCUGAGCAAUCUUCAGAAGACCUAUGACGUCAAUUUGCAUGAUGUAGCCGAUUUGGAACGAGGAUUUUUGGAGAAACCGAAGCAAGUGGAGAUGGGAAAGAAGUUGGAGAAAAAAGUAAAGUUUUUCAAUGAAGAAGCUGAAAGACAUCUGGAGACACUCGAUGGAAUGAAUAUUAUUACAGAUGCGACUCCAGAGAAUCAGGCGAAACGGAACCGUGAGAAGCGCAAGACGCUCGUCAAUGGAAUCCAGACACUCUUGAACCAAAACGACGCUCUUCUCCGGCGACUCGAGCAGUACCAGAAGAUUCUCAACGGAGAGAUUCUGGAAUAA